AUGUCAGAUAUUAGGAUUGCAGGAGCAUCUGUUCCCUUCACCAAAGAGGGUGAAACUGUUGCCAAGUCUGUUGAAGGAUACGUUCUGAUUGUAUUGAAUCUACACCCGGAAACUACAGAAGACCAUCUAUAUGACGUGUUCGAAGAAUAUGCAAGAGUGAUGAAUUUACAUUUGAAUCUAGAUAAGCUGACGGGAUAUGCCAAGGGAUACGCAUUGGUCGAAUUUAAGAGUAUUGAAGAUGCCUUUGAGGUUCUAGAGACACAUAAACAGAAAAAAAUCGAGGUAUUGGGACGAACAAUCGACAUUGACUUUGCGUUUGUGGAUAAGCGAUUGAAUAACUCGUAUAGAGGUGGAUCAAGAGGAAUUGAAAGUAGUCAAGACAGGGACGCAUCACCCACAAGGAGGAGAUGA